AUGCGCAUGCUUUUGUCCCCUGCUCAGUAUGUGGUGUUUGAGAGUGAAUUUAAACAUAGCGCUUCAGCCCUGUCUGAUCCUCAACAUACUGCCAAUGAACUUUAUGGUGCUGGUCAGUUUGCUGAUAUAACUGCCCAAGCAACACUGACACCUGUACAUUUUGUUCGCACUGCGACCUGUGUACAACGCGCCUUUUGGAAAGUCCCUGUUUCUGGGCAACCGCUGAGCUCCUUUGUAAAUAUUAAGCAACAGCAUUCGGAGCCAUACCAUCAGUUUAUAGAUAGAUUGAAAGAAUCAGUCACUAGGCAGAUUGAUAACACCACUGCUCAAAAUGAAUUGAUGAAAAAAUUGGCCUUUGAAAACGCAAACACUGAUUGCAAGAAAGCUUUGCAGUCAAUCAUACAUCGCCCUAAAUAUGAACUGGCCGAUAUGAUUCAAGCUUGUGCGGAUGUCGGUAGCCAGAGCCAUGCGAUGUCCUUGCUUGCCGGCGCAAUCCAAGCAACCACUAAGCCUACUGGUAACUGCCUUAAUUGCAAGCGCCCAGGCCAUUUUGCCAAGCAAUGCAGAGCCCCAGGCGGGGGGGCACACAAGGAUGGUUCCGCCUCUAAGGCUAGACCUUCAAAAAAUGCCCGAAAUGUGGCAAAGGCUAUCAUUGGGCUAAUCAAUGCAGGAGUUCGGGAAACUCCAUUGCGGCCUCCUCUCUCGGGCCAGGAAAAUUAGAGAGCUUUCCACCUUUAAUUUCUGCUGCUGCAAACUUUUCAAAGAACACACCCUCUGAAUUUGCAAUUGAUUUGAUCAAUCAAGAGACCAAAGAUUCUGUUCUACCUGGUGAAAUUGUGCUCAUGCCCACUCAAUUGGCAGGUCCCCUGCCUCCUAAAGUCGCAGGUUUAAUUUUACCCAAAUUUUCUGCGGCAAAGGAAGGCAUCCAGGUUAUUCCUGGAGUUCUGGAUCCUGACUAUGUAGGCACAAUAAUGGUUCAACUCUGGAGCCAUAUGCCCAUGCAAUUAAAAAGGGUGAGUCUUGGGCGCAUUUGGUGGUGCUCCCUUCUCAUCCUACUGCUUCUAUUAUGGAUACUAAUUUGCACGAGCUCUCUUCUUUCCCUCCACAGCUGUUAGCUGUAGUCCAGAGGAUUGGUGAGAAGAAACUUCUUCGUAAGUAUAAAAUCAAUGGUAUUGUGCUGGAAGGCUUGAUUGACACAGGCGCAGACGUUUCUGUAAUUUCUAGUAGUUGCUGGGACCCCACGUGGCCCCUUGAGUCUGCCUCUGCUGUCUGGGGUGUGGGUGGCCCCCAAACCUCUUCCAAAAGCGUACGGUGGCUGCCUGUGUCUCUGCCUGAUAGCUCUGAAACCAUUGCUUACAUCCAGCCCUGUGUGCUGAAAAUCCACCUCAAUCUGUGGGGAAGAGACUUGCUACAGCAAUUACAAGCUACCAUUCAAUUUAAUGAGUAAGCUUGCACUUCCCCUCAGCUGGAAAUCCACCACUCCUGUAUGGGUGGAACAAUGGCCCAUAACAGGAGAAAAGCUACUUGCUUUAAAGCAAUUAGUGAAUGAACAAUUAUCGGCAGAUCAUAUUGAGCCUUCAGUUAGCCCCUAUAAUACACCCAUCUUCGUCAUAAAAAAGAAGAGUGGCAAAUGGAGAUUUCUCCAGGAUUUAAGGAAAAUAAACCAAAUCCUUGAACCCAUGGGGCCUUUACAAUGUGGUCUGCCAAAUCCAAAUUUAAUCCCACAUUCUUAUCAAUUGGCUAUAAUAGAUUUGCAAGACUGUUUUUUCUCCAUUCCCCUACAGGAAAAAGAUCGUAAAUUAUUUGCUUUCACUGUUCCUGUGUUAAAUAACAGUCAGCCCACGGAACGGUACCAAUGGAAAGUCCUACCACAAGGAAUGCUGAAUUCCCCUACCAUGUGCCAACAUUAUGUGAGCCAAGCCCUCCAGCCCUUUCGUUUGCAGCAUCCACACCUCCUGAUCUGUCAUUAUAUGGAUGACGUGCUUAUUAGUGGGCCACGCCUCCCCCCUCAUUGGAAACAGGAUAUGCAAGCCUGUUUGUCACGUUAUGGUUUGAAAAUUGCCCCAGAAAAGGUUCAGGAAUCAUCUCCUUUUCAUUAUUUGGGACACAAAAUGAUAGCUAGCUAUUCUAUUCCUAUUGUCCCUGAACUUCAUGUUCCAAAAACAAUGAAAUAUGUCCAGCUGCAGCAAUUGCUGGGCAAUAUCAACUGGAUAAGACCCUAUUUUAAAAUUCCCCUUGAAGUUUUACGGCCGCUUUUUUCAGCCUUAAAAGGCCAUCAAUCUCCUGGUGAAAAAAUCACCUUGACUCCCACUCAGCAGGAGACUGUUGCCCAGCUAAAGGAAAUCAUGCGUCUCCACUGGGUUGAUCGAGCUAUUCUUAAUGUUUUGCCUGAUGUAGUCAUAAUGACAGAUUCUGUCCAACCUUUUGCGGCCAUUAUUCAGUUAGGCCCAUCAAAAGUUCACAUAAUUGAAUGGCUGUAUUUACAUCAUACGCCAAAGAACACAGUGACUCCUUUAGUGGAUCUCCUUGCUCAGCUCAUCAGCAAGGGACGCCGCCGCUGCAAAAGCCUCUUUGGCACUGACUGCGGCCAACUCAUUGUACCCAUGCCUUUAGAACAAUGGGAAACUGCUCUCUCCACUAGCAUGGAUUUGCAGUGCGCCUUAGCCGAUUUUGUUGGCCAAGUGGAUUGCCAUAUCCCAGCCGACCCUCGCCUGCAAAUGAGCAAGCAAUUUUCCCUGUCUUUCUCAACCAUAUUAUCUCCUGUCCCUUUGGACGCCCCUACUGUCUUUACUGACGGAUCCCCCUCCAGGGGGGUAGUUGCCUGGCAACAAGAUGAGGAAUGGCACAGCCUCUACACUCUUCCACAAAAAUCUGCCCAGCGUUCUGAGUUAGCAGCUGCUGUUAAAGCUCUGCACCACUUCUCCAAGCAGCCUUUAAAUUUGGUCGUGGACAGCCUAUAUGUUGCAAAUGUCAUAACUCGUCUACAAGGCAGUUAUGUAAGUCCUUUAUUGGAUGACAAUUUAUUGAGCCUUUUCCUAUCCUUACAAUUACUUCUUUCCACUCGCUCCCACCCUCUAUUUGUGGUGCACAUUCGCUCCCACCAACCUUUCCCUGGCUUCAUCACUGAAGGCAACGCGAAAGCAGAUUCACUGCUUAGAGCUUUGCCUGUUUCCCCUAUUGAAAGUCAUGCUUUCCAUCAUCAAAAUGCGAAAGCCCUUAGCCGCCAGUUCCAAAUCCCGUUGGAAGCGGCACGUGCAAUUAUUCAACAAUGCCCUCAAUGCUCUAAUCAGAUUGGCCACCCCAGCCCUGGUGUUAAUCCCCGUGGGCUGGCAUCCAACCAAUUGUGGCAAAUGGAUGUCACUCACUUCGCCCCUUUUUCACCUUGGAAGUUCAUACAUGUUUGUGUUGAUACGUUCUCUGGCUUUAUUUGGGCCACCCCUCAAAGGGGAGAACAAGUUAAACAUGUUUGCAAUCAUCUUGUUCGUACCAUGUCAGUCAUGGGCAAGCCUCAUUCCCUGAAAACUGACAAUGCCCCAGCGUACUGUGCAAAAACCUUUGCUCAGUUCUGUGAAACUUGGAAUAUUCACCAUUUAUUUGGCAUCCCCUACAAUUCUCAAGGCCAAGCCAUCGUCGAAAGGGCUAAUCGUACCUUAAAAACUGCUCUACAACGCCAGGAAAAGAAGGCCGGUGUCCCAGCCUCCCUUUCCGAAAAGGAAGGCUGGCUGGCCAGUGUUCUCUUUACUCUCAACCAUUUGAAUGUUUCCAUACAGGAUCAUCAAUCUUAUACUCGCCUGCAGAAGCAUUUUCAGCAAACAGAGAUACUCCCAGCCCCACUGGUCCGCUAUAAGAUAUUACCCUCCAACGAGUGGAGUGAACCUGUAAAACUGAUCACCUGGGGAAAGGGUUACGCUGCAGUGUCUACUCCACAGGGUCCUCGCUGGGUUCCCGCACGCUGCAUCCGCCUAUACCAUGGCAUGGCGACAGUCCCUUCCGAAUCCAGUACCGCAGUUCGACCACACACUACGGAUCGCCCAGGCCGCAGCGCCCAGCCCCCAGGACUCGCAAGCGGGAAAUCGUAA